AAGUGAGCGGCGGCAACAGCAGCAACAGGAGGGGCGGACGGGCUACAGUGAGAGGAGCUGGUGCAGGGUGUAGUCCGGGCACAGACUCUGGUGUAUGGACCUGGAGGGGAGAGGCGGUCAGUCGGCGCGGAGGUUUAGGGAUCGGCUCCACAGAAAUGACGGAAUACAAACUAGUGGUGGUGGGAGCCGGUGGUGUUGGAAAGAGUGCCUUAACAAUUCAGCUGAUACAGAACCACUUUGUUGACGAAUAUGAUCCAACUAUAGAGGAUUCCUACAGGAAACAGGUCGUGAUUGACGGCGAAACAUGCUUGCUGGACAUCUUAGAUACUGCAGGUCAAGAGGAGUACAGUGCCAUGCGUGACCAGUACAUGAGGACUGGAGAAGGCUUCUUGUGUGUGUUUGCCAUCAACAACAGCAAAUCAUUUGCAGACAUUAGCAUAUACAGAGAGCAAAUAAAGCGUGUGAAAGACUCGGACGAUGUCCCCAUGGUACUUGUUGGUAACAAAUGUGACCUUCCAACAAGAACAGUAGACACCAAACAGGCUCAGGAGCUUGCCAGAAGCUAUGGCAUCCCAUUCAUUGAGACCUCUGCAAAAACAAGACAGGGUGUUGAGGAUGCUUUCUACACAUUGGUUCGAGAAAUCCAUCAAUACAGAAUGAAAAAACUGGACAGCAGUGAAGACAGCAACCAGGGCUGUAUCAGAAUGCCCUGCAGUCUAAUGUAGCCUGGCUUUUCUGGAGGGGGAGUGAAUUAAAUAAACUGCACCUUCUACCAAAAAUCGAAACAAAGAAACCACUUGCACAAAUGCCAUCAG